UGCUCAAGUAUAUCGAGAAGUUCGAGAAAGUGAAGGUUUGUCUUCGUCGAUAAAACGGCGUCCCGGGUAGUACUUGGACUCAAGAAUGUGAUUUACACGACAUCAACUCACCGAUAAUAAGGUCAGUUUCUAGUCAUGAAUCAAGGAUGACCUUAACUUUCUUCAGUACCAGGGUCAGUUUCUAUUUAUGAAUCAAGGAUACUUUUAACUGCCUUCAGUUUAAAGAUCCAUCAUUUUCGUGGAAAAUUCAACUUUUUGGACAUAACGGGCUGGUAACUGCAAACCUGGAAAGAUGGUCAUCUUUGCUCGGAGUAAAGAGCACGUCACGAUAAUGGGAUCGAAUCACCAAAAUGAGGUCGAACCCUCAAGAAACAUAACUCCUGGAGACGUGUAACUAAUUCUUCAGGAAGUACAUCGUACCCUCAAUGGACUUGUCCAAAUCCACCAAGUCGGUAAUCAUUUUGUCCACCUCAGCUUCUCAGACUCUGCAAUAAAGGGAAGAAUGAUGUCGAUACGACGUGGUAGAGACAAUUUGCUUCACUUUCUACGAGGAUGAAAUAACUUGAUGAUAUAAUUGGAUAACCCAGAGGGAUGCCACUUUCCUAAAAGGAAAAACUCUCUACACAGUACUUAAGAAACAACGAUAAACAGUUAAAUCAACCGAUUUCAAUACGACAUGACAAAGACGAUUUGCUUCACUUUCUACAAUUAACACUUUUAUCCCUCCCCAGAGGAAUUCCAUGCCCCGAAAGUAAUUUGACCAUCGAUUUUCCCACACAAAACUAGAUCUUAAAAUAAAGUAAAAAAAUAAAUAAAGACAAAUAAGGAAAAACUAAAGACAAUUAAGAUAGUGAGAAAUUAGAAUAUAAUUAGCAGGUAAUUCUCAACUCCUGAACUGCGAAGACAAUCCAAAAACGAAGUUACCUAAUUAUUCUAUAAUAAUAAAGUUUAAUAUUUAUUGCCGGAGGUAGAUUAAUAUUUAAAUAUAAAUAAUAGUUGUCAGUUGAAAAGGAUAUAUUUAAAAUUGUUGAACACAAAAGUACAGACAAGAGGAAAUUCUAUAGAAUUCUCUACUUGUCGAUAUUAGAAAUUAGAAUCGUUGGCUGUCAAAGCAAUUCAAUCGUAGUAUUAAAUCAUUUCAAAUUAGAUAAGCCAAAGAGAUAAUAAAAUCGAAAUAGCUUUUCUGUAAUAAAAAUAAAAGAAAAACUAAAUAUAAAACAAGCUCUUGAGAGGAAAAAUGAAUCUCGAAGUAGAAUUGAUAGCAGGGGUGGUUAGGGGUGGACCACCCCCUGCCCACCUGCCAGCUCCACGUCUUAUUAAGAUAUUCAUUGCUGGUGAAAGAGAGGAAUUUUUUGAAGAGCGACAGCAACUUUUGGAAGUCGUUGGUCCAUUGCUGCAAUCAACCUUCGAUGGAAUGGGAAUCGAGGUUUUGCUCGUUGAUACGCAGUACGGAACAACCAGAAAUCCAGACGUGGAUCCAAGGUUGGCCGAAUUAUUUUUGGACGAGAUAAACGCAUCUCAUCGUUAUUCUAGAGGCUGUUUUCUCCUGCUUUUAGUCGGGUCGGAUUACACUAUGGGCUGGGUGCCAACAACACUGAAGGAGGAGACUUUCCGAGCUUUGCUCGCUCACAAUGCUCAUCUGGAAGAGUACUACGAACACAAUGGUCAUUGUUACCGGCUGAAAGCUGACAGCGAGGAAACAGCCCAGGAAGCUUGGCAAUCGAACCGGGAGCCAAAGCUCAGAGAGGCUCUUUUAUCUGCUGCUAAAUCCGUCGCUUCCGAAGACCCACACAAUCAGGAAGUGAAAAACAUUCUCAAAAGUACCGCUGAACGGCAAUUAAAUCAUGGCCUAAGUUUGGAUGCAGAUGGCGUAGGAAUAAUAACAGUAAUUCGCACAUGGUCAGGGGGUGGAGAGACAACUGCCCCCUCUCCAGCAGCGGAGUCGCUCAAAGCACACGUGGAAUUGGCUUUGCCGCCAGAGAACGUGAUUCGACUAGAGGUAGACUACAAAUCCAAUAACAUCGAUACAGAGUCUCAUUCCCACGAGGAAUAUCUGACCAAACUUCGGGAGGGCGUUUUUGACAGACUUCAGGAGCUAGUCAACUCAUCCGUUGAAAAAGACCCGGAAAUUAAGAGUCGGAAAAAAAUGGUACAGGAAGUUUACGCAGAGAGUCUCGCACAUCUGGCUCUUCUCAGAGAAGUAAAACCGACAGAGGAAAAUGAAGAGUCAAUUCUGUGGAUCAGAAAACGAUUGCUAGCAGGGAGGGAUCAAAAACAUGGGCCAAUUUUAAUCCGAGGACCGCGCUGCUCAGGAAAAUCAUCAAUCCUUUCCCGAGUCUAUGAAAGUGCCCCAACCUGGUUUGGAGUUCCAACCCUACGAGUCGUGAGGUUGUGCACUUCAACACCCAGAUCGGCUUACAGUCUCGAAUUGCUUAGGAUUCUGUGUGAACAUGUGGGCUUCUUAUCAGGAAACAACGAUGGAAAUCUUCCGCGUGACGCAUCCUUCGAUCCACUGUACCUGAACAAUUGGUUUAAUCAAAUUAUGAGGAGGAUAGAAGAGCAGCCAAUGACGGAACAGCUAGUCAUUUUGGUGGAUGAUUUACAUCGGUUACAUCCUCUUGAGUGCGACAUUGUUGCUGCUCUUUCCUGGCUUCCACUCAAUCUACCUCAGGGAGUACAUUUCGUCGCAACGACCGCUGUGCCUCCAGAAGCUUUACGACUCACCCCAAUUCAAAAGGAACGAAUAAGAAACACCGAAAUCUUGCUAGAGCUUCCAGAGCCAAAAGUUGAGAUUCCAAACAUCGAAAAGGCGCUCGACAGUCUCGAAAGGCUCGUCGGUCUAAAAGCUGCCAACCGAAUAGGAUCCUUGUUAGCUUGCACAGAAUACGGACUGUCAGAAACGGAAAUCCUGGAGCUGAUUAUGCCAACCGGAGAAGAUAGUCCUCUAUCUCUAUCUUCUGGACAGUUCAACUUUGCGACCUGGUGUCUCGUGAGAAGAGUCUUGGAUCCUUGGCUAAGAUUUCGUGUCAUGAGCGGUCGUCUAAUGUUCAGUUGGCGUUGGCUAGCUCGAGAAUCGGCACGAAAACGGUACCUCUCCACCCAGGAAAUAACUAAAUCCAUCCAUGCGGAGGUAUCUAACCUCUUUUUCGCUGAAGACACCGACGAAAGCGAGGAAAAGUCACCAGAAGAUCCAGCCUCUCCUCCAGCAAAAGAAACCCCCUUCGCCACAACACCACAACACGACAACAUCACCUACACCCUUCGCCACGUUGAAGAAGCUUGGCUCCAUCUUCUUCGUUCCGGAGAUGUCGAAAAACUAAAGAAACUUGCAGUCUGCGCUUUCGAUUUUCUCCUCGCCGGGGUUCAGAUGAUAUCAGUCAGCUACCUUCGAUGUGUUCUUGAACAUGCAAGAAGGUACCUUUUAGAAAGAGAUCUCGAACUCGUUUACUACGCUGUCAGAAAAUCUAGCGAUGUUUUAACCAGAGACCCACUUCAGUUAGGAGCUCAGCUAAUCUGCUGGUUGAGAACUGUUGCUGAAGAUGACAGUGAUCUGGUAUCAAGAAUGGUGAUGGCAGCGAUGGCUUGGUGUGAUGGUUAUACAGCUCCUCUUCUGGUUCCUUUAAAUGGCUGGCUCCAACCACCCUUGCCUCUUCAGAUCCGAGCGCUAGCCUGUCCUCAAGGAGUAAAAUUGGUCGAACCUGCACCUUCUGGCCAACACGUUGUUGUGGUCCCUUCACAAGGCGAUGCUCAACUCUGGCAUGUUAUGUCCGGACAAUUGGUUCACACUUUCAAGGGACACUCGAAUCCAAUUUCAUGUCUGGCUGUUACACAGCAAUCGCAGUAUUUGUUAACUGGGUCUGAAGACACGACAAUUAUCGUCUGGGAUAUGCAGGAAUUGUCACUAAAGAGACGAAUUUGUGAGCAUAUUGCUCCAGUUUUGACCCUGACACCUGCUUUGAAUAAUUCGGUCAUUGUGAGUGGAGGAGAGGAUUCGAGGAUCAUUGCGACAUCUUUGCUAACUGGGGAAGUACUGAUGAGGGUGGAUCAUCAUCGGGGACCUGUAAUGGAUGUGAAGGUUGAUGCUGCUGGCGAGGUUUUGGUUUCGGGAUCCGCUGAUGGGACUGUUUGCUUGUGGUCCUUGGAGAAUUUCACUCUCUUGAAUUCUAUUCCACUGCCGAGUCCGGUGAUUAAACUGGAUGUAUCGGAUGACUCAGUUUUCCUCCUUGCGGUUUGUGAAGAUCAAAAGAUGUAUCUUAGAUCUCUAGCAACCGGAACCGAAAUCCAUACUCUUCGUGGUCACCAAGGACCAGUUAGAAGCAUCUGCCUAGCCAAAGAUUGCAGAAGAGCGAUAGCAGGAGGCGUCGAAGGAAGGGUUUCAAUCAUCGACAUGCACAAAGGACGUCUAAUUAGAACUCUCCCGGCCAAUCCUUCAUACGACGUCACCUCGGUAAAAAUCACCGACAAGGAUGACUUUCUAAUCACAGCCGGAGGUGGGAGAGUAACCUACUGGAGUUUCAGAAGCGAGGAAGGUCGACCAAAACCAGGAAAGAAGCAGGAAUCUCUCCAACUUCAUACAGCUCCCAUUUCCUGUUUAGACAUCUCUCGAGAUGGAGCGAUGGCCGUAACUGGAGGUGUGGAUUCUCUCGUCAACCUCUGGCAGUUGAAUACUCACGAACUUGUUUCCACUUUAGAAGGCCAUGACGCUAGUGUUACCUGCGUAGCUUUUUCUGCUUCUGGACUCUUUGCAGCUUCAGGAUCAGAAGAUAAAACUGUGAGAGUUUGGGGAUUGACUCUGGGUCUCGUUGUUGCUACUUUUAAACACCAGGCGCCUGUGACUUCAGUCAUUGCGAUGUUGGAUGGAAGAAGAGUUGUCAGUUCGGAUAGAGGUGGUGUGAUUAGAGUUUGGGCUGCUGAUAGUGGAACUUUAAUCCAGUCUGUCGGAGGCCCUGGAAGAUGCUUUGCCGUCACUUCAGACAUGAGUAAAGCGGUGUGUGGAAAUGGUGACAAUCAAAUGCUGAUAAUCAGCCUCGGUGCGGGCCCAGAAGAAAAGUACCAGGUGUCUCAUUCCCAAGAUAUCACUUGCUUGACUGUUACUCCUGACUCCCAAUCUUUAAUCACCGGAUCAAGAGACAUGAGUCUUAAGAUCUGGCAACUGGCUGGAGGAAAAUUGUCUCAGGUUUUAGUCGGACACACUGAUCAUGUAACCUGUGUCGCGGUUGCAGUUUUGGAUAAAUGCAUCGUCGUAUCCGGCUCUAGAGAUGCGAAUUUAAUCGUUUGGGACAUUAACACUGGCGCUGAUUUGCACACCUUGACGGGUCACUUGGGAUAUGUAACUUGUGUGAGAUUAUCUGGUGAUGGAACACUGGCAGUCUCUGGAAGUGAGGACAAGAGCCUGAUAGUCUGGGACACCAAGAAAGGGACAGCUUUGAGUUCCAUCAUGCUGCAUGUUCCAGUAUUGGGAGUGGAGAUGUCCACUGAUUGCUCGAGACUUGGUCUCUAUCUGCUAGAACAUAAAUGUAUGCCUAUUCUUUGUUUACACAACACGCCAGCUCAGUAUGUUAAACUACCAUCUUAUGUUGCUCCGAGGGACUUAAGACCACCUGGCCCUAAACGUCCUGCGAGAAGAUUAUUAAAGAAGGAAGUUUCUUUGGAUACUUAUACUUGGCAAAAAAAGUACGGACAUCUAACUUCAGGAAUCAUGGUAGCAGAAAUGGAGGAAAGAUUGAAGAGAAGAUUCAGCGUGAGUGCUUCGAUGGAAGAAAUAAGUAAAGUCGGAUUAGCGGGUUCGCAACCCGGAUUAGGGCCAGAACAGGCCGCCCUUGCUCAAUCUCAGCAUUUCGAUCAGCUGGAAGCCAUUUGGAAUAAGCAGUCGCCACCUCCAAGACCAAGAGGUCUCGGCAGGACUCUCUCAAAACAGAGUUCCCUCCAGGCGUCGCGAAUUUCUGACUCCGAUGAGGAAGAUCUUCCAGGCUAGUGAGAGAUUCUAGAGGAGAAAGCAGAUCUGCAGCCGCUUUUUCAUCCUUCGACUGUCGACUAAAUAAUUUAAGUUUAAAACCCUUGUGGAUGCAAUAAAAAAUUGAAUGAGUGAGUGAGAAAGAAAGAGAAGCGAAAGGGGAAAGCGAGAUUAUUUUGAGAAAGGCGAAGAAAGCUAAUUGUAUACUAUACGAGACGAGGAGCCUCAAACGACAAUUAUUUUCAAGUUAAAUCAUUUUUUAUCCUAUGUACAAUCUUUA